AUGCCGACGAGCUGCGAGCGUUCAGCUCGCGAUCCGCUCGAUUUGAAUCAUUUUCCUAAUGAACUUCUGCUUAGGAUAAUCCAAUUUUUACCACCACGAGAUGUGGCGCUUACCGCAGCGCAGGUAUCAACACGGUGGCGAUCUCUAAUCAAGCAUAAUCUUGCCAGGGUACCGAGGAUCCCAGCUCAUUGUCAUGUAUAUGUUAUGGAUAUCGAUCUGCAACCAGAAGAUGACCGAACGGAUGGUAGAAGCCCAAUCAUGCAGUAUCAUUUCACUACCUUCAGUACCUCGCAACCAGGUUUCUAG